GUACUCCAUACGACGUUUCAAACGCAAAAGAGGACGUCUCAAAGUGUCGGCGCGUUAUGAUGACGACAUAUAUGUCAAUUGUGGUUUUUCCUUUCCUGAGCUAACAUGCUUCUGUUAAGGCUGUAAACUUGAAAUUAUGGCUUUGAACCACCUGAGUGUGCUGCGCCCCCUGCUGUGUCAGUCCCUGGUGCGACAGGUCAGGUCUCCCCUUGUGGCCACCUCCAGGGUCCGUGCACCACUUCUGUGCCCCAGCACCACCCACUACUCCCCCUGCACCAGGCUCUAUGCCACCAAGAAGGCUAAAGCCAAAGCAAAGGGCCAGACAGCUAAGGUGAAUAUUAAUUCGGCUCUAGUUGAAGACAUCAUCAGUCUGGAUGAAGUGAAGGGGGACAUGACAGCUGUUCUCAAUGCACUCAAAGAUGACUUCACACGCAACCUCAGCAUCCGAACCUCGCCAGGUGCUCUGGAUCACAUUGUGGUGACGACACAAGAUGGGAAGUUCCCUCUCAACCAACUGGGACAGGUCUCCAUGAAAUCCCCUCAGCUCAUUAUGGUCAACAUGAGCAGUUUCCCAGAGGCAAUUGUCGCUGCCACCCAUGCCCUCAGACAGAGUAGCAUGAACCUUAACCCAGAGGUGGACGGGAUGAUCAUCAAGGUGCCCGUUCCAAAAGUAACGCGGGAACAUAGAGAAAACCUUGCCAAGCUGGCCAAACAGUUCGGCAACAAGGCUAAAGACUCACUAAGGAAAGUGCGAUCUAAUGCUGUCACACAGGUCAAAAAGACCAAGGAAGGACACUCGGAGGACACCAUACGACUCGUGGAAAAACAGAUUCAGCAGAUGGCGGACAACAUUGCAGAGGACAUUGACAAACAGCUUGCUGCCAAGACCAAGGAGCUGUUAGGCUGACUAAAAGGUCUUAUGGUUGAUAUUUUGUUUGUAGCUAAACAUGAUGAUGAUGAUCAGAUGGACGCACAUGACAGAAGCAACAUGUCAUUCUUAUUUUUUUUGUAAUAGACAGUGACUCAAUCAUGCGUUGGGUAGGUAGCUCUUUAAUCCUGCUCUCACAGUCCGAAAGCUUCUCACAGAUGAACAAGUCUUGGUCCUGUUGUACAAGUUUAGGCAAACACUGUUCCUGCCCACGUCACUGGCAAAGAUCUGCUCUUCGCUGCUGGGUGAUAUCUAUGUUUAACCAUCAGUGCACAUACACAAAUUGGCACGGAAACAACAACUAACUAGAGACUGCCAGUCACCUCCUCCUCCCUUGUUACUCUUUCUGUCUUCAAACAAACACUGUGCAAGGGACGAAUUGACUUUUAAUGGGAUUUGUGGGCCUCCUCCUAAUCAAACCCCUUGCCCACAAGGGCUGUCUGUUUAUAUAAAACAAGCGCACCCGUCUGAAUGUAAACUGGCUGUGGGUUUUUUCUUGGUGGCAAGAGCGCGAGAGAAAGGGAGAGAGGGUUUGUUCCAGAGACGCAGGAUAUGAUUAGCGUGUUGCCAAACAUUUGUUUUACAUUGAUUCAAAGUCUGUUAAAAAAAAAUGCACUUGAGUAAAAAAAAGAAAGAAAAAAAACUAAUUUCUGCCUGUGUCUAGGAUUGAUAAUAUGGCAACACUCUCAACAAUAAAGUCGAGAAAGUAACAUUAUUUAUGGACUCCAUUAAAGAACGUUAUACGAUGUGCGUCA